AUGAAUACUGCCAAAUUUCACAAUCGAAGUUUGUCUUACUCAAAAUUAAAAAGUACCAAUAGAAUACUAAAUGGAUAAUUCAGUGAACCAAAUUAAUUAAGCUCCAGCAUUUUGUUAUAAACCCAUGAGCAACAUUCUUUUCCAAAAGCUAAAAGAUUUCCUUCAGUUUCUAGAGAAUCAACACCUAAGAUGCUCUUGUUAAAUGAUACAAAAACAAAAAGGUCAACGUCCUUUGGAUUUGGUACAAAACUUAUUAAACCUUUGGACUUGGAGAGAAGAGAUAGGUUAAAUCCUGCUCCUGGAGACUAUUAAUUAAAGGCGUUGUAGAGUACAAAAUCAUUUUCUUUUGGAAAUAAGUUAGCUAAAAUUGAACGCUAAGAAGUGCCUGGUCCUGGAUAAUAUCAAUUUAAACUAUUAUCGAAAACUCCUUAAUUUAGCAUAUAUGGAAAAAUAAUGUAUCAUUAUAUAAAUAUAUUUAGUGAUAAAUAAGUAUUACCCAAGUAAUAAGCAUCUUUUGUAACCUAUAAUCCAAAAGAAGCUUUAACUUUGAAUUAAAGAUUUAAUAAGAUAUCCUUUGGAAUUGGAGACAGGCCAAAAUAAACUUUCAAUGAAUAAAUUCCUGGUCCAGGAUCCUACCAAUGCAAAUCUUUAUUUGAUUUGAUUUGUGAAAGGAGAAAAUAAAAAGUUUAAACUUGAG